GGGAUGGGCUGGGCGGUGGGCGGUGUCCAGGAGCAGAGCGGGACAUGGCCGAGGCGGGGCCUGGGGAGAUCUGUGGCGGGAGUGAGGUGCUGCGGCCGCCGGAGCGGCUGGCAGGUGACACACGGGAGCUGCUGGCGGACGUGGAGAUGCAGAUCAGCGACGCCGCCUUUUCGCUGGCGAAGGUCCUGGAGGCGACGUCGGCCGUGUCGGCCCAGGUGGAGGAGCUCGCCACCAAGUGCUCGGAGAACGCCCGGUUCCUCAGAACGUGGCGGGACCUGCUGAGGGAGGGGUACGAGUCCCUGAAGCCCAGCGGCUGACCCUGCCCCGCCGCGGCUCCCCGGGCUGCGACGCGCCUUCUCUUGAACGGCGCCUUUAAGGGAGUUCUCGUGAAUUUCCGUUUUCCCUCAGCGCCCCGUGAGCCCGGAGGUCUCUCAGAAAUACUUGAUGGCUCGUAUGGGUGCUGUGUGUAAGUCACCGAGUAGAAUAACUUUAUUUAGGGAAUCACUUUUGACUUCUGGACUCUUCCGUUGCUGUUCAAGCAUUCUCACAUAUGAAAUACUUUAACUUCCCAUUUUUAAUUCCUCUCGUUUAUGUGCUGGAUAAGAAGUUAAUGUGUGGUACAUUCAAACCUCGUUACUGGUGGGGAAGUGGUGUCCUGCGAGGAGCUGUUGUGAGCCCUCCUUUUUAAGAGUUGUCACCAGCAUAAACCCUGCCAACUCCAGAGAAACUCGCUGAAGUUCACUUUCCCUUCACUCCCUGAAGUGAAAAAGCACACUUUUUGUUCUUGUUGAGGAUGGGAUAAUGUGGCAAGCUGUGUCUCAUUUACAAGCUUUAGAUAAGCCCUGUAUCCCGAACCUUACUAUUUUUUAGCAGUAUUGCAGUAUGUUUCUAUAAAGCUACAGCUAUUUUCAGAUGUUUCAUUGCUGUAAACAAUUUUACAAUAUCUUUUGUUGUAAUAAAGUGCCUUAUGGUGGAUCUUGUAUCUCUGCCUGGUGGAAGUUUAACAGCAUUGUUUGCUGAUAGGAUGGGUUAUUUUGAACUGCAAGUAAAAGCUUCCAUCAGUUGGAAAAGAACUUGUGAAAUGUAUUGCCUGGGAAACAUGUUAAAGGUUUUUCAGUGUUUGGUCCUAUUUUUUUUAUCUUUGCCUUAAGCAGUUACUAGUUAGUCUAGAGUUUACUGUUAACAGAACCUUUUGGUCUGCAAGAUUGCUAAUCUGUAAUGAAUACCUGUACUGAAACUCCUGUGCCUUUACCAAAGCAUUGUGAAAAGAGUAAUGCUGAAAUGCAAUGGCAGGCUGCAGGAGAACAUGGCUUUACUGUGACUUACUAGUCAGCCUUAUUUUUACUGGUAGAAUGACUUUUUAAAAGACAAACUGUAUUUUUCUUAGCAAAGCAAUAAAGAUGUUCCUAAAAAUCAAAAAUGAAUAUUGUUAUGUUACUUAUACAAACAAAUAUGACAUUGAAUAUAUCCAUAAUCAAGUUGAGUGAAAAAAAGAGGCGAUGGUGGGGACACAUA